AAUGCGUCACUUCUCUCGCGUGUUGAAAAUGCAUGCUGGGUAAUAUUACACUCUCUUUCCGGCUGGUACGCCAUCAUAUAAAGCAACAUGGGGGCAUAUCGGUAUAUGCAGGAGUUGUGGCGCAAGAAGCAGUCCGAUGUGAUGCGCUUUCUGCUUCGUGUGCGCUGCUGGCAGUACCGUCAACUGUCAAACCUUCACCGGGCACCAAGACCUACUAGACCUGAUAAAGCCCGAAGGCUGGGAUACAAGGCCAAACAAGGUUAUGUCAUUUACCGUAUCCGUGUGCGCCGUGGAGGUCGUAAACGCCCUGUGCCCAAGGGUGCCACUUAUGGAAAACCAGUGCACCAUGGUGUUAACCAGAUCAAGUUUGCCCGCAGUUUGCAGUCAACCGCUGAGGAGCGUGCUGGCCGUCACUGUGGCGGCCUGAGAGUGCUGAACUCCUACUGGGUUGGCGAGGACUCCACCUACAAGUUCUUUGAGGUGAUUUUGAUAGACCCCUUCCAUAAGACUAUCAGGCGCAACCCGGACACCCAAUGGAUCACAAAGGCUGUGCACAAGCACAGAGAGAUGCGUGGCCUGACCUCUGCAGGAAAGAAGAGCCGUGGGCUGGGCAAGGGCCACAAGUUCCACCAGACCAUCGGAGGUUCUCGUCGUGCAGCCUGGAAGAGGCGUAACACCCUGCAGCUGCACCGUUAUCGUUAGAGUUCAUGUCUCUGAAUCUUCAAAAAAAAUUAAAAAAACUUUCUAC